UUCAUCCACAUUCUUCUUCUCCUCCUUCACCAAAACCCUAUUAUUAUUAUUAUUAUUACCAACAAAAAACAAGAAUCUUGAAAAAUGUCUCUCACAACCAUAAAACUUUUAGGAAUCACUCCUUCCAAUUCACAUUUCAAUCUCAAAAACAAAACCCACAAAAAUCUCACAUUUUUAACAACACCCAUUUACCAUUUCAACAAAUUAGCCACUAAAAAUCCAAUCUUUUUACAUACCCACAACAAAACGAUGUCGUUUCAUGUGAUCAAAAGUUCUCUGAUUGAACCAGAUGGUGGGGUUCUUGUUGAUCUGAUUGUUUCAGAGAAUAAAAAGGAAUUGAAAACUUUGGAAGCUGAAACAAUGGUGAAAGUGAGUUUGACAAAAAUUGAUUUGGAAUGGGUUCAUGUUAUUAGUGAAGGAUGGGCUAGUCCAUUAAAAGGGUUUAUGAGAGAAAAUGAGUAUUUGCAAAGUUUGCAUUUUAAUUCGUUACGUAUCGAAAAUGGGAGUAUAGUUAAUAUGUCAUUACCAAUUGUUUUAGCUAUUGAUGAUGAGACUAAAGAUAGGAUUGGAAGUGCUAAUGAUGUUGCUUUGGUUGGCCCUGAUCAAAACAUAGUUGCUAUUUUAAGAAGCAUUGAGAUAUACAAACAUAAUAAAGAAGAAAGGAUUGCUAGAACGUGGGGAACCACGGCUCCUGGAUUGCCUUAUGUUGAGGAAGUAAUAUCGUCGGCCGGGGAUUGGCUUAUUGGUGGAGAUUUAGAAGUGUUGUCUCCUAUUAAAUACAAUGAUGGUCUUGAUAAUUAUAGGCUUUCUCCCAAGCAACUUCGUGAAGAAUUUGACAAACGUCAAGCGGAUGCUGUAUUUGCUUUUCAAUUAAGGAACCCUGUGCAUAAUGGACAUGCGUUGUUAAUGAAUGACACACGCAGAAGACUUUUGGAUAUGGGUUACAAGAAUCCCAUUCUUUUGCUUCAUCCUUUAGGAGGUUAUACUAAAGCCGAUGAUGUGCCAUUGGAUGUUCGCAUGCAACAACAUAGCAAGGUUUUAGAAGAUGGUGUACUUGACCCCGAGACUACGAUUGUGUCCAUAUUUCCAUCACCAAUGCAUUAUGCAGGACCCACCGAAGUUCAAUGGCAUGCCAAGGCACGGAUAAACGCUGGUGCUAAUUUCUAUAUUGUAGGUCGUGACCCUGCUGGAAUGGGUCAUCCUACGGAAAAACGAGACUUGUAUGAUCCAGAUCAUGGCAAAAAGGUGUUAAGCAUGGCCCCAGGCUUGGAAAAGUUGAAUAUUUUGCCAUUUAGGGUGGCAGCAUACGACACAGUAGCUAAAAAGAUGGCUUUCUUUGACCCUUCACGUGCUAAAGAUUUUCUCUUUAUCUCUGGUACCAAGAUGCGAACGUUUGCUAGAACAGGGGAGAGCCCACCAAAUGGUUUUAUGUGUCCUGGAGGAUGGGACGUUCUUGUAAAAUAUUAUGCUAGCUUGCAAGCUGAAGAAGCUACUCCGGCAGCAGUAUCUGUCUAAACUCUAGAGAUAUUUCAUUUAUGGCAGAGUCGAAAAUGACUCCAUUCAGCCAUUCUGGCUUGUGCACAACGUUAUUUCGUUGUGGUUAAUUUUAUUGUCAAUUUUGUUAUAAGCUGGAGACUUGCAUGUUUAUGUAUUCUUUCCGUUAGUUUCGCUAACUAGGUUGUAUUGAUUCGUUUUAUAGCAAACUUAUAAUAUUUGUCGCGGUGUUGGGCAUACCAGUUCUGUUUUUAAUAUAAAUCACAUGUGAUUUAACACUAAUAUAAUAGUUUCAACUUUCAUGUCA